CUCAACAGUCAUUUAUAGCAAUUUUUUUUCAAUUUUAUUUCUCACUAGUAUUAGGGGCCUUCUUCAUCCCUUCUUUCAACAAUUCUUGAGAUGAAAGAUAAGACAGAAACACCCCCUUUCGAACAAAAACAAAUCACCUCGCGCGUGCGUGUUCCGCACAUGCCGGACAGUCUAUGACUCGGUCUCGACUGGCGGGAAAAGUUGCGCUGUGAUUGUGCGCAAUCACAAUAUCUUUACAGAAAAUAUCGUCUGCGGGUUUUCAGAAGUUAUAGUUAUUUUUUUACUUUUUUUUGCACCACCCCCACCCCCCAUUUCGUAGUACGCUAGAUCUUCCUCCAUCCUAGUAGUGAGUAGAAAGUGCAAAUACUCAGCGGAGAGUGGUUGAAGAAUUUUUUUUGUGCACCAAGAAAAGAAGCUCCUACAAAAACUUUUUUUACCCCAUCAAUGAGGAUCUUCCAUCAGUGCCUACUCUUGACGUUGACUUUUGGAAUUGUUACAAUAUCUGCUAAAAGAUGGCGCAACAAACAGAAUCGUCCAAAAGCUCCAAAAAAUGCUACCGCACGUGCUCAACCUCGAGUAGUGGAUCUUCUUCACGCCAUCCAGAUUCCAUUCGCUUCUCCUGGUAUCAAUUUCGAGAUUGGCCCCGAUGGUUUUCCUGCUUUCCGCAUAGAGCAAGAAGCUGACAUUAAAGCUCCCUACAGGCUUCACCUUCCUCCCUCCCUAUACAGAAAUUUUACUAUCGGUGCAACUUUGCGGCCUAGUAACUCUGAUGGAGGUUUUGUAUUUGCAGUGCUCAACCCAACAGAGACAGUAGUGCAACUCGGCCUGAGACUGAUGGAUGCUGGCAACUCCACAAUAAACAUUUCUCUGUACUAUACUGACGUGGACAUGCACCUCACCUCACAAACCCUUAUCACCAUCCAGGUUCCUGAUUUUGUUGGAAUGUGGACAAGAUUAGCUUUCCGGAUAGCAGAAAACAACAUUACCUUAUAUUUUAAUUGCGAAGAAGUAUCAGCUGAUGUUGCAAGAAGAAUACCCAAGAGAUUGGUGUUUGAUACAGCUUCUACUUUGUAUAUCGGACAAGCUGGACCUUUAUUAGGAGGACAUUUUGCGGGUGGACUGCAAGAACUGAAAAUAUAUAAUCGGCCUAGUAUAGCUGAAAUUUAUUGUGAUGCUACAUUCCAGGGAAGUGGUGAUGGAAGAGGUGACGUUGGGAUUGAAGAAAUUGAUGUAAAUGAUGAUGAUCGAGGAGUUUCCCCUCUUCCUUCACCUGACCUAGCCGAGGAAGGUAACUUAUAUCCUCAUAGAACUUGUCCACCCCCAUUGAUUACGCCUCCGCCACCCGGUCCAGGGCAUAUAGGCGUCGAAAAAGUUUCUGGAGCAAAAGGACAAAAAGGUCAAUCAGGCAGGCAUGGGCUACCAGGAAAAAAGGGUGAAACAGGUCUUAUAACGAAAGAUGAGUUACUAAAGCUGCAACCAAAAUUAAAAGGAGAGAAAGGUGAUCCUGGACCACCUGGAUUACAAGGACCCGUAGGACCUCCGGGAGAAAAGGGAGAGUGUGUCUUUUUGCCACGUAGUCCUUCAGAAAUAUUCAAUGAAGGAGAUUAUGGAUCAGGAGAUGAUCAGGGCUCUCGGGAGUGGUUUUCGGGUGUUCGUCAUCACGGUUUACCUGGUGGACCUUGCGUGUGUAAUAUUUCUUUAAAACAUUUAGACCUACCUUAUGAUAAUCUCAGAGGAGCGAAAGGAGAACCGGGACCACCAGGACUACCAGGACCUCCGGGCAUAGGUUUGCCAGGAUCUGUUGGACCGAAGGGGGAUCAAGGAGAAAUUGGUGUACCGGGAUCUCAAGGACAAAAAGGAGAACCCGGUGUUGAUGGGAUACCAGGGAGUCCUGGGCCCAGGGGAAUGCCUGGACCGCCUGGCCCACCUGGCUUGGCCAAUGGAAUUGGUACUCCUUUUGAUCAGCUAGAAGGUGCCUAUGGUUCAGGUUUAUAUCCUAGCUCUGGAGAUGGACCUUUUGGUCCGUACGUGGGAAGACCUGGUGUACCAGGAGUGCAAGGUCCACCUGGUUUACCUGGACCAUCAGGGGUUCGAGGAGAACGAGGUUACCCGGGCGAAAAGGGUGAUCGUGGAGACAUAGGUCCUAAAGGUGAUAAGGGCAAUCAGGGAAUUCCAGGAUUUCAAGGAGAAAAAGGAGAUCCUGGAUUGGAUGGGAGAGAUGGAAUAGCUGGUUUACCUGGUUUGAAAGGCGAACGUGGUGUAAAAGGUGAUCCUGGACCUGCUGGUAUAGGACUCCCAGGACCACCCGGACCACCUGGUAUCUCUGCUAUAUACCGCCCUUCAGACGAUGAUGCUGUCGACUUGGAUUACGGCAGUGUACGUUUCACUGGCCCAAAGGGCGACAGAGGAGAUCCUGGUACACCAGGCCCACCAGGAGAAAAAGGAACAAAGGGUGAUAGAGGAUCGCGUGGAAAAGAAGGUAAAGAAGGCAAAGAAGGACCAGUAGGUUCAAAAGGUGACUUAGGUCCACCUGGUCCCCCAGGAAUAACCAAAAUAGUGGAUUCAGUCGGAGACGCUAUUUCAUUGCUGAAAGGUGAACGAGGAAGGAGAGGUAAAAAAGGAAAAAUUGGACCACCAGGGCCACCCGGAAUAUCCGGACCUGUUGGUGAAAUCGGUUUGCCCGGUUUUCCGGGUAGGCCUGGAAACCCAGGAAAGCAAGGACCGAAAGGAGAUACAGGAAUAGGCAUAAAAGGAGAUAAAGGAGAACCUGGACCACCUGGUUAUGGUGGUUACGUAGAUCCGGACGGUAUAAGUGUUGUUAGUAUAGGCCCAAAAGGAGAUAGAGGAGACUCGGGCCCAGUAGGACCCAUGGGGCCACAUGGACGACCUGGAGAAAAAGGAGAAACGGGAAGACCUGGAAAAGACGGCGUUAAAGGUGAACGAGGACCACCAGGUCCAGCUGGCGGAUUGGGAGAUGAAAGCAGUGGAGGAAUUAUGCAUGUCAAUGGACCACCUGGUCCUCCAGGUCCCCCAGGCCCACCAGGUAAAUCCGUUCAAGGACCACCUGGUCUACCAGGUCCUCCAGGGGCCCCCGGCAGCACUGGAUAUCGCAACCCAUACUGGACUGUGAAUGAAAACCCAGGAAGAAGAGCAUACAGAGGAAUUAAAGGUAUAAGAUCAUUUGCCAGAUCAAAAGGAGUACAAGUUUUCCCAGGUCCACCAGGACCUCCCGGCCCACCAGGGCCCCCUGGCUCUCCAGGGAAAUCUGCGACUGAAUCAGCACCUGAAGAACUCAGGAGACCUACAGUUGUUCCUGGGGCGGUUACAUUUAAAAACAUGGAUACGUUGCUACGUAUGUCUGAUAUCAGUCCUCUUGGAACAUUGGCAUUUGUUUUGGAAGAAGAAUCGCUACUUGUAAGAGUAAGCGAAGGAUGGCAGUAUGUAGCGCUGGGAUCAUUGGUAGUCCAGUCUACUCCUAGUCCAACUAAACCCCCAACUACCCAUGCUCCAUUUAGUCCACCAGUAGAUAACCUCCGACUAGAUAAAGCACCUCGUAUGUGGAAAAAGUUACGAAUGGCAGCCCUUAACCAACCAUUUUCUGGAGAUAUGCAUGGAGUCAGAGGAGCAGAUUACGAAUGUUAUCGACAAUCUAGGAGAGCCAACUUACGGGGUACUUUCCGAGCAUUCCUAGCAUCCAGGGUUCAGAACCUCGAUAGCAUUGUACGCUUCGCAGACUACAGCCUUCCAGUCAUCAACCUCAAGGGUGAAGUGAUAUUUAAUGCCUGGAAAGACAUUUUCACUGGUGCAGGAGGAACAUUUCCUUAUCCACCUCGCAUUUACUCCUUUGAUGGUAGAAAUGUUUUAACUGAUAACAGGUGGGCUCAAAAACUGGUGUGGCAUGGUUCUGACAAGCAUGGAGUUCGGGACUUAGAAUCAUAUUGCGAUGCUUGGCAUUCUGCAGGCUUAGGCAAAGUUGGAAUGGCAAGCUCUCUCCUACGGGGGCGUCUCCUCGACCAAGAACGCUAUUCUUGCAACAACUCUUUCAUCGUCCUGUGCAUUGAGGCCACCAGUCAAGAUGACUAUCGAAAACGGAAAAAACGUGAAAUCGAUGAAGACUUUUCUGGUUCCGACGAUGAGGAUAAUCAAGAAAUGACGUGGGAGGAAUUCCUCAGGAAAGAAGAAGAGGAAAGUGCAGCAGAAACAAACGAGAUUUAUGUAUAAAGCCAAAUUUAUUUAUAAAAAGAAAAAUUCCAUGAACAAAAUGACAGAUUUUUUUUUCUAUUGUAUAGAUCGCAGCUGGGGUUCCUGACUUUGAUAUUCUUAAAUUAUGCUUUUCAUUCGUUAAAGAAAUAGACUUUUCUCUGAGAAAGAAUCUUUGAUUCAUAUCCUUUUGUAUUAUAUAUCAAUCUUUUGACUUGAAGGAGAUCAAUGAUUUGCUAUCAAUGAUUUGCUACUUAUGUGUUUACUUAACUGCCAUCAUCUUAGUGUGAUAGAUAAGUGUGUUACUAGACAUUCAUGUCUAGUAUGUCUACUAAUGUCUAGUAAAUAUGUAGUAUGUUUUAGUAAAUAUGUCUAGUAACACACUUAUCUAUCAUUAGUGUGAUAGAUAAGUGAAUUACUAGACAUUUUUGUGAAUGUAUGUACAGAUCAAAUCUAUGUCUGUAAAUUUUAGAUUUCUAUCAUGUCACUUGCACUCAAAUAUAUUUAUUUAUUUCCGAAUUUAGUAGUAAAAUUUUAUUAUCUGUACUUAAAUAGUUAACAAUUAUCUAUUUCUGUGUAGUCUUAUUAACAUAUCGAUAUAUAUAUAAGUGGCCAAUUGUGUAUUACGUAGAUCAAUGUUAAUUUUUUUUUCUUUUAUUAAAAAUUAUAAAUCACUAUUGAUUUUUUAAAAAAGCUUCUAUAUUAGGUAAAAACAAUGUAAUUUCAAAAGAA